AUGCAAUUGGGAGGCGGCGGCGGUGGCGGCGGGGCCGUGACCACGCCGUACCAGAACCUAGGGUAUUUUGCCGGCUUCCCAGACCCCAUCAUGUUCCAACCUCCCAAAUCCCAGAACGGCCGAAGUCGAAGAAAGUCUGCACCGGGGCUGGACCACGUCAAGCAUCGGCGGACCCGGUCUGGCUGCUACACCUGUCGAAGUAGACGGGUAAAGUGUGACGAAGCCCAUCCGGUUUGUGAGAGAUGUCGCAAAGGCAAAAGAGACUGCUUAUAUCCGGAACCGCAGGCAACGAAAGGCUCGGAGGCGACGGCGUCGUCCAAUGAAGCUGCUGGCGGCACCCAAGCAAGCCCGGCUUCUUCGCCUGAGGUAUACGACGAGGACAGCGAGAGAGAGACCAAAUUGGAGCCGAUCGCGGAUGAAGAGGAGCCCGAAGACAGUUCGCCUCGAAUGCUGCGAUCUCUCGACUCACUCAGAAGGGCGAGCACAACUUCCGCUUUAAACCUGCCCAGGACAAGCACGCGGCACAGCUCAGAGACGCCUUCGCUAGACAAGAGUUACAAGAGCUCAUCGCCAUCAGUAUCUACAGGGACAAGUGUGAGCUUCGCCAUGCCUUUCCACGCCUCGGAUCCAUCCAUCCCGUCCGCACCGUCCGACUGGUCACAUCUGCCGCCAGACCUACGCUUCUACCUCGACUAUUUCUACACCAACAUGACGUACCAUCAUUACUGCGUCAUCAACGACCCAGAUGAUUUCUUCCGAGUCUUUCUGCCGAGCGCCGCCGUUAAACCCGGCAACGAGGCUUUGCUCUACGCCCUCGUCGGUUUCUCGGCCUACCACCACGCAAUCCAGGAUCCGCAUGGUGACGUCCAGGCAUUCCUGCAAUACCAUAAUAAAAGUGUUACAUGUCUAUUGAACUCGUUCAAGAAACGUGAAAAGCAACAUACGGCGACGCUGCUUGCUAUCUUGCAGCUCGCAACCAUCGAGGAAUACCUGGGCGACUGGGUGAAUCUCAUGGGCCAUCAGAAAGCUGCGCUGCAGAUUAUGCUGCAGCUCCUCACGCCCCAGGCGGCCCUGCAGUCGCCUGUGAUUCGCAUGUUGUUGACUUGGUAUGUUCGGUUCGACGUGUUUGUUGGAAUGAUGGGCGGCUUCGAGACAAGACUGCCCCGAGGUUGGUUCUCUGCAGCAGUAGAAUACUACGAGAACCAAGUCACCACCGACGGCGAUCACGUAAGCUGGAAGACGGAGGCGGCGUCUGCCACACUGCGUCUGAUCUCUGUCGACAUGUCGAUCCUCUACGCAAGGGGAGGUCGAGGCGAGCUGUCUAGCGAAGAGUUUGCUACCGAGCACGACCAUCUAACCGCACGGCUCUACGAGUGGCGAGACGAUCUAGACCCUGCGCUGGUCGAUCCGGCUUACCGCAUAAACGAAUUCGCGCAUGCAAGACGGCUGGGUGAGGACGACAUCGUCGACCCGUACGCUGCAGGCUACCUGUACGGGCAUCCGUUAUUCUCGACGACGCUGCUGCUUGCCGAAUGGCAUUCCAUCACCAUGAUGCACAAGAGUCAGGAGGCCCUGGCAUUGCAGCAGGAACCGUCGGCCGAGCUGAGGAAUCUCGCAUUCACAAUUUGCCAGAUCUUCGAGAUGGUCCAAAAGUGGCCAUUGACUCCCAAAGGCACCAUAGUCAUACUGCACGCGCCCUUGGCCAUUGCCGCAUUAUUCGUUCCCCGAGACACGAAGCAUCACAUGUGGAUGAGGCGGAAGUUUGCCUUGAUCGAAAGGUUGGGGUAUCUCUUCCCACUACCAAUGCGGCGACGCAUGGCCGAGUUAUUCCAGGACCCGAGCUGUGUGCACUGGUGGCUUCCAAAUGAAGAGGGACUCAGCCAUGUUCUCCAAAGCACACGUGCCUUUGCCGAUGAGCGUUCGGCCAACCCUGUUUCCGAUCAAACGGAGAGCCUGCGGGAAAUGAGUGCAAUCUUCGCCAAAAUGCGCUUCCACAACGAUGACACACCCUCACCGAUCGAACCGCCCAGCGGUGGCCCAUUGCGAGGGAAAGCAUAG